AUGCCUGCUCAAACUAAAGAAAUUAUUGCCGCUCUUGAUGCUGUUCAGCCCGACGCGUUUGGCGGCAACGAAAUCGAACGGCUACAAGUACGCGCCGCUGCACGUCGACUGCUUGCCAGGGUGGAAUCCCCCUAUGAGCGCGCUUGGGGCUUCUGCUUUGAACAUCCUGUCGUCUUUGCCGCACUGCAGACAUGCAUCGACUUGGGCCUGUGGAAAUCCUGGACUGGCCUUGGAGGUGGUGAGCAGAAUCUCGACGAGCUGGUCAAGUUGACGUCUCCCAACAUCGAUACAAACCUGCUGCGUCGGCUCUUCCGCUUACUGGCAGCUUUCAAUGUGGUCGAGGAGACAGCAGAAGACAAAUUCAAGCCGACUCCGUUCUCGUACGCUAUCGGCGAUGAGAGUACCAAGGUUCGCGCCUCUCUUCAAGCUGCAACAAACCAAUACAUUGCGGCUGGUCAUAACCUGCCGGCAUACCUAGCCAAGAUCUCCUACAAGGAACCUACAGAUGUUAAUGUGAACAACCACUCGGACAGUGACCCGGACGGUCUCAACUUCUUUGGACGGUUGCAGAAAAGCCCCGCUUACUUCGAAUCUUUCACCGGUCAUAUGGAGGCAUGGACAGCAUGGAAGACUCCGUGGACUAAGGUCUACGAUACAAACAGACUGCUGGAUGGUGCCAAGUUGGACAAUGGUUCUGCAUUCGUGGUUGAUGUCGGUGGAAACACCGGGAUCGAUAUUUCCUAUGUGCAUGCCAAGCAUCCGGAUAUUCCUGCCGGAUCGCUAGUCUUGCAAGACCUUCCAGAAGUGAUCGCCAAUGCUCAGGUCAAUAAAAAGAUCACAGCUAUGGCCCAUGACUUUUUCUUGCCGCAACCUGUGAAAGGGAGCCGUGCUUACUUUAUGCACGCGGUUCUUCACGAUUGGCCAGACGACAAAGCUAAGCAACUGCUAGAAAAUACCAGAGAUGCAAUGGCAAAGGGAUAUUCCAAGCUCUUCGUCUAUGAUAUUGUUCUUCCGCCAACAGGAGCGAGCAUUAGCCAAACUACAAUGGACGUGAACAUGAUGUCGCUACUGUCAGCUUCCGAGCGGACCCAAGGUGCGUGGGAGAGGCUGUUAACCGAUGCUGGCUUUAAAAUUGUCAACUUCUGGCCUGACCCUCAGGAGUAUGAGAUGGUCAUUGAAGCUGAGGUCGCGGACGUUUCAAAUGGUCACUGCAAUUAG